GAAAGGUGGAAGGGUCGUUUUCUGCAGUUUAGAAGAUGGCGGAAGGCGAGCUGAAUGUGGACAGCCUGAUCUCCCGGCUUCUUGAAGUCCGGGGAUGCCGCCCUGGGAAGAUCGUCCAGAUGACGGAGGCGGAGGUGCGGGGCCUCUGCAUCAAAUCCAGAGAGAUCUUCCUGAGCCAGCCCAUUCUACUGGAGCUGGAGGCGCCGCUCAAGAUCUGCGGCGACAUCCACGGCCAGUACACAGACCUGCUGCGUCUCUUUGAGUAUGGUGGCUUCCCCCCAGAGGCAAACUACUUGUUCCUGGGAGACUACGUGGACCGAGGCAAACAGUCCCUGGAGACCAUCUGCCUGCUGCUGGCCUACAAGAUCAAAUACCCCGAGAACUUCUUCCUGCUGCGAGGGAACCACGAGUGUGCUUCCAUCAACCGCAUCUACGGCUUCUACGAUGAGUGCAAGCGCAGGUUCAAUAUCAAGCUUUGGAAGACAUUCACAGACUGUUUCAAUUGCCUGCCAAUCGCAGCCAUCAUCGAUGAGAAGAUCUUCUGCUGCCACGGAGGCCUGUCUCCUGACCUGCAGUCGAUGGAGCAGAUCCGGCGCAUCAUGAGACCCACUGACGUACCCGACACAGGGCUGCUGUGUGACCUGCUGUGGUCAGAUCCUGACAAGGAUGUGCAGGGCUGGGGGGAGAACGACCGUGGUGUCUCCUUCACCUUUGGGGCCGACGUGGUCAGCAAGUUCCUGAACCGCCACGACCUGGACCUUAUCUGCAGAGCGCACCAGGUGGUGGAGGACGGCUAUGAGUUCUUUGCGAAACGUCAGCUGGUGACGCUCUUCUCAGCACCCAACUACUGCGGAGAGUUCGACAACGCGGGGGGCAUGAUGAGCGUCGACGAGUCCCUCAUGUGCUCCUUCCAGAUCCUAAAGCCAUCUGAGAAGAAGGCUAAGUACCAGUACGGGGGUGUGAACUCGGGGCGUCCUGUCACCCCCCCUCGCACUGCCAACGCGCCCAAGAAAAGGUGAGCGCCGGAGCCAGGAGGCCUGCCUGCCCGCUACACUACAGCUUAAUAAAGAAGAACCCGUUCAUCAGUAAAUAACCUGUUUUUUUUAAUCAGUGUGUUCACUUUCUCUGGGGAUCCAAACCAAACCAACAAACCCUUUUCCCCACUAGCCUAGCCUGGCAAAAAAACAACAAAUUAGUUAGUUCUUCAGAUUUCAGCUCCACAUUCUCCUCUCGCUUCCCUUUUCCUCUUCCCUGUUUGUUUCUAAUUAGGUAUAAUUUAAAAGUUUUACAAUGAUUCUGCAAGUAGGAAAGUGACCUGCUGCCACAGGUGUGUGAGCCAGUGCAGUUGAUGGUCCUAGUGUCCCAUAGACAUUAGUCCUUCAAGUUCCCCUUCUCCUCCAUCUGGUUCCAUUGUCAGGCUGGGUAUCAUUCCUUUUCAUUAGGUUGGGUGCGUUUUUUUGAUCCCAUCACCUAGCAUUUCAGGUUGACCUGUCCAUGGUAAAAACAAUUGUGAUCUUAUGCAGUAUGGGAGGGUGGCAGACAGCGAUGGUUAUGAAAGAAGCGACCUUGAUCCACCAGAGAACAAAGGUGUGACACCCAGUGGUUAGACAGGGUCAGUGCAGUUGUGUAGGUCUGCAGUCUCUAUGCUAGCUAGACUGUGAAGAGUGAUGGCCAUCUUGGAACCUACGCAAGUCGCACAUCACAACAUUUUGGUUUAUUUAAAAAAGCGUGUUGGUUUAUUUUAAUGUUUGAGAUUUGAAAAGUCUUGAUUUGUACAAUGUUUUUUGAAGGGUAAAGAAACUUGAAUAAACUGGGGUUGGGGUUGCUUUUACUGCUUCACUGCUGUUGAAUUUCACCCAUUCAGUCACUGGCUCGUCGAUUUGAGUGCAGUUUGUUUUUGAUUAUCUGUUGGGUUUUUCCUGGAUCUCCCAGCGACAGGGCUCCAAGACCACAGGUUGCCUACAGGUGCUUUCCAGCAGAAAGAGUAAAUUACCAGAUUAUUACUGAACAAGAGAGUGGAGGGAUUUGUGUGUAUUGCAAGUGACAGUAUGUGCAAGGAUGUUGGCCUAAAACAAGUGUUUGCUGUACUUAUAUCUUUUAGAAAAAAACAAAACUGCUGAAGUAUUUUCAGUCAGGGAUGUCUGAAACACUUCUGACCUUUGUGUUGUAUUUGUUUCAGAAUAUAAAGUUUACAAAGUAGAGGAGGCUGUUCGGCCCAUUGGUACUCAUCCACUUCCAAGGUGAUCUCAAAACUGUCUCGCAUUGGGUCUUAAAGAAUCCCAGUGAUACAGCAUCAACACUGUGUCCUAGGUAUCCUUAUACAUUCAGCAAUGGGCUGUCACAACUGCUACAAUGAUCUCCAUUGGUAAAGUUACAAGGCAAGAAAACUGGAGUGGCUAAGUGCUUUAUGCCAAUUAACUGGGUGAGAAAAAAUUCUGGUAGUUUUGGGGGAGGAGCCUAAUUGGAGCCCUGCUUCUGGGAACCGUGCUUCUUGUGUUAAAAUAUACACUGUCAUAUGGUGUUGACUCUUGGAACUGAAAUAAAAUAAUUAUUAUUCAGA